AAAAAAAAAUGACAAAAAAGAAAGAAACAAUGGAUGAGAGGUAUGAAAAAAUCGUAUCAGUUGGGGGUGGAACAUUUGGUGUCGUUUGGAAGGCAGUCGAUAAACAAACACACGAAGUCGUGGCCGUCAAGAAACUGAUCGAAAAAUACGAUCGAGAUAAUAAACAUCUCGUUCUUAGAGAGAUCAAGGCUCUCAAGGAGAUGGGCAACCAUCCGAAUAUCGUAAAACUCAAAAAAUUCGCUAAAGAACACAAUGACAUCUACAUGGUGUUCGAAUACAUGGACUCCAGUCUCUACAGAUUUAUGUUGGACCGAACCAAGAAUCCGUUUUCAGAAGACGAGAUUCGAGAGAUGUGUUUUCAGUUGUUUCAAGGUCUUUCACAUAUGCAUCGUAAUGGAUACUUUCACCGUGACUUAAAACCCGACAACCUUCUUGUCUCUGAAGGUGUUAUAAAAAUUGGUGAUCUUGGUUCUACCAGAAAUAUUAAUGAUCCGUUACCAUAUACGGAUUAUGUCACCACACGAUGGUAUCGGGCUCCUGAAGUUCUUCUUGGUUCGACAGGUUAUGAACCAUCUGUUGAUAUGUGGGCUAUGGGUGUAAUCAUGGCUGAGUUAUUUACCUUCCAGCACUUGUUUGAUGGUUCUUCUCAACAAGAUAUGAUUGACAAGAUUUGUAAGGUUUUGGGCACCCCGACGGAGAGUACGUGGAGUUGGGGUGUUCGUCGUGCAAGGAAGAUGAAUAUUCAGUUGCCAGACUGGAUUGGGGUGGAAUUUUCUCAGUUGCUUCCAUAUGCAAGCCCGGAUGCAGUGAACUUGAUUAGUUCACUUCUUUCUUGGGAUCCGUUUAAUAGGCCAACAGCGUUGGAGGCGCUUCAGCAUCCCUUUUUCAAUAAAUGUAACCAUGUUGCCCGACUCAGAUGGCAUAAUCCCGAUGAUACCGCUUUAGCUAAAGAGAACGGAAGAUUUGUAUUCGAAGCAGCGAUAGAGCGAGAGAUGGUGAAGCAGCAAAGGAGGAUGAGCAAUUGGAUUUAUAUUGAUUAGUUACUGAUGGAAAUUCUUUGUUAGUUUUAAACAUGUUAUAUAUGUAGUAUGUACAGCUUUUAGUUCAGAUUCUAUGCCAAUAUGUUCAAUAUGCAGGUUUCAAAUAAAGAAAUCAUGUUGUAUGGAACCUCAUGUAUAAAUAGUUAACAUCAUAAAUGGU